AUGCCAUUUGGUUGUUUAACACUUGGGGAGAAGAAGGAUUACAACAGCCCCGCAGAAGUCACCGACAAAUAUGACCUGGGACAAGUUGUCAAGUCGGAGGAGUUCUGCGAGAUCUUCCGGGCGAAGGAUAGAACCACCUUGAAAAUGUACACCUGUAAAAAGUUUCACAAAAAAGAUGGAAGGAAAGUGAGGAAAGCUGCCAAAAACGAGAUAAUGAUCCUGAAGAUGGUAAAACAUCACAACAUCCUGCAGCUGGUUGACACAUUCGAGACCAAGAAAGAAUACUUCAUCUUUCUGGAACUUGCUACAGGCAGAGAGGUCUUUGACUGGAUCCUGGAUCAAGGGUACUAUUCGGAGAGAGACACCAGCAACGUUAUGAGGCAGGUGUUGGAAGCUGUUGCCUACCUGCACUCCAUAAAAAUUGUCCACAGAAAUCUCAAGCUGGAGAAUUUGGUGUACUAUAACCGCCUGAAGCACUCUAAAAUCGUAAUCAGUGACUUCCAGUUGGCCAAGCUGGAGAAUGGGCUGAUCAGGGACCCAUGUGGCACCCCAGAAUAUCUUGCUCCUGAGAUGGUUGGGAGGCAGAGAUAUGGGCGCCCGGUUGACUGUUGGGCAAUAGGUGUCAUCAUGUAUAUACUUUUGUCCGGAAACCCACCAUUUUAUGAUGAUGGUGAUGAAGACGAGGACAGCCGUGAUAAAAACCUCUUCAUAAAGAUUUUAUCCGGAGACUAUGAAUUUGACUCUCCAUAUUGGGAUGACAUUUCUGAUUCUGCCAAGUCUUUAGUGGCGUCGCUGAUGGAGGUGGAUCAGGACCAGCGGCUCACGGCACAGGAGGCCAUCAGCCACGAAUGGAUUUCUGGAAAUGCAGCUUCUGACAAAAAUAUCAAGGACGGAGUGUGUGCUCAAAUUGAGAAGAAUUUUGCUAAAGCUAAGUGGAAGAAAGCCGUGCGGGUGACCACUUUGAUGAAGAGACUGCGUGCGUCUGAGGGAGAAUCUGGAGCCAGUUCCGGGGCAGUAUCCGACCCCAACGCACCCACCCCGCCCACCGGAGCCGGGGCCGGGGGGCUGAGCAUGGCGGCCAGCAUCAAGGCAGCACUCAGCGAAAAACCCAGUGACACAGAGACUCCUUCAGCCAGACAAGACGAGCAGCCGCCCCAGACGCGGUGCAACGGUGACGCUGUCCAGCACAUGCAGAAAAAAGAAGAUUAG